UGCAAGAGACAAACCACUUUCUUGAUCAUAAUGGCUAUCUCUCUAACAUUUUGUACCGCCAUUCUAAUCUCACUGAUCGCUCUCUCGUGCCCCUACCGAUGCACAUCGCAUCCCCGACUUGCGUUAAGUCUAAUACACUCAAAAUCAAUCAAAUCCAAAGAAUCACCGAAGACAAAAGUUGGUUACUUGCGUUCCAAGUCAGCUUCCGCAUCCAGUCUAGAUAACAUAUGGACCACAUACACAGCAGAUAUCGUCUCGCAUGUAACUCCUAUCACACGUCAAGCAGCAUUCCUCGCCAACAUCUCUAUCGGCGACCCACCAGUCCCUCAACUUCUACUCAUAGACACAGGUAGUGACUUGACUUGGAUCCAAUGUCAUCCCUGCAAAUGUUACCCUCAAACGAUCCCAUUUUACCGCCCUUCAAGAUCUUCCACUUACCGUGACGCUUCAUGCGAACCCGCACCACACGCCAUGCCCCGAAUCUCUCAUGACGAAAGAACCAAAACAUGCCAAUACUACCUCCGCUACCGCGACAAUUCAAGCACUAGAGGUACCUUAGCUGAGGAAAAGCUCACGUUUCAAACAUCAGACGACGGUUUGGUCUCUAAACAAGACAUUGUUAUAGGCUGCGGACAAGACAACUCCGGUUUUACUCAAUACAGCGGCGUGCUAGGUUUAGGACCAGGUAAGUUCUCCAUAGUUACUCGCUACUUUGGCUCUAGAUUCUCUUACUGCUUUGGUAGCUUAACCGAUCUGACCAACCCACACAACAUUCUUAUCCUCGGAGACGGCGCCAGAAACGAAGGUGAUCCAACACCUUUACAUAUAUUCCAAGACCGUUACUACCUUGACCUCCAAGCAAUCUCUUUAGGUCAAAAACUUCUCGAUAUCAAACCCGGUGUUUUCAAGAGAUUUGGGUCUCAAGGAGGUACCGUCAUCGACACGGGAUGCUCACCAACGAUCCUAGCCAGAGAUGCUUACGACACACUCUUUGAAGAAAUAAACUUCCUUCUUGGAGAUGUUCUCACACGCGUUAAAGAUUGGGAUCAGUACACUAAACCUUGCUACGAAGGGAACAUGAAAGGUAAUUUUAUAGGGUUUCCCGUCGUCACAUUUCAUUUCGCCGGCGGCGCUGAGCUGACGUUAGACUUUGAGAGUUUGUUUGUUGAAAGUGAAGAUGGAGAGAGCUUUUGCUUGGCUAUGAGUAUGAACACUUUAGAUGAUAUGAGUGUUAUUGGUGCCAUGGCUCAGCAGCAUUAUAAUGUUGGUUAUGAUCUUCUAACCAUGAAUGUUUAUUUCCAAAGAACUGAUUGUGAGAUUCUUGAUUCCUAAUAGUAUAAAAAAAUGUUCUCUUAAAUUGAUA